CUCGAAGGAAGAAGAAGGCCUGAGAAGAGCGGCGGCGAGAGAACACCGAAGACGAGGAGGCGAGGAGGGGUAACGAGGGUUCAUGGAGCCCGAGAAACCCAAAGAGGCGGCGGCGAGCCAGCCGAUGGAGGCGGAGGCCGGCGGCGACCCUGUCGAUCCCCGAGAACUAGUGUCCAGCGACGAUGAGAUAGAUUACUCCGCGGAGCCUGAGUUCUACGACCCCGAGCUGGACGAUGCGGAUGAGCGGUGGGUGAACAGGCAGAGGAAAGGGAGGACCUCUGACGCCGUGCUCAGCUGCCCCGCGUGUUUCACUACCUUGUGCCUGGAUUGCCAGAGGCAUGAGAUAUAUGUAAAUCAGUACCGUGCAAUGUUUGUUCGCAACUGCAAGGUCAAGACUGAUCAGAUUUUACGGGAGGGGAAAGGCAAACGAAAAAACCGCAAGGGAAAGGCUGCCAAUUCUUCUGCUACAUCAGAAGGUGAAAACAAGGGUGCAGUUUAUCACCCUGUUUGUUGUGAGGUCUGCUCAACUGAGGUUGGAGUGUUUGAUGAAGAUGAAGUUUACCACUUCUUUAAUGUAAUUCCUAGUAACUCCUGAAACUUGUUCUUCUGAUUGUGUAGUUUGUUGAUCCAUAGCCACGGUAGUAGUAUGAGCUAUUUACUUGCUUUUACAUUCUACUGGUAAUCAAUCUACAAUCAAUCAAGUUUGUCAGGUGCAUUAGAGUGAUAGUGUCAUACUUGUUAUAGUUUUUAUUGAUCUUUUUUAUGUAUCAAUAACUAAAAAGAUGAACAGGGUUCCCUACUCUAGUUGUCAGUUGUCAUAACAGCAGGAUUUUCCCU